AUGUUUGGUGUGACAUCAGCACUUUUGAUCUUUGGAAUUAACAAAUACAAGGUAAAAUUAAUGUAUCCGACUUUGGUAGCUCGAGCAAUAAUUGUUUUUUUCAUGCAAGCAUUCGGUGUUUCAAUAAUUGUUCGACCAUCUCAUGCUAUCGAUGUUAUAAAUUUGAAUGAAUCAAAUGAUGAAAUAAUGCAUAAAAAUUUUGUUCAGGAAAAGAUGCGAAUUAAAAUGAAUGAAUUAUCAGCUGCGCAACGCUUAUCAUUGUUAAUAUUUUUUAUGAUAUUAAUAUCAACAUUUGUAUUUUAUACACUUUAUUUAAUUGUGCGAUGUAUUCGUUAUGUGAAAGCAUACAAACGACUUUUGAAUAGAAAACGUUCAUUUAUCGCUGCUUGUCACAUUAAUAUAUUGGAUAAACGACAAAGCUCGUUGCAUUCUAAAAAUUUUGAAGCAUAA